UUUCCAUGACUCCCCACGACUUUUUGAACUCCUCCAUUUUCAUCAACAACAACACUUUGAGAAAAACCAGAACAACAAGUUGAAGAAGAAGAAGAAGGUGAAUUUUGGAAGGAAUGCAACAAUGUCUAUGGCUUACAGAAACGGAACACUACCUAAAGGAGCUUUAAAGGUAGAUAGACCUCUUUCUAUGAAUUCAAGUACAAAAUCUUCUGCUUCUUUCAAAUCAAAAACCGUCGGUCAUACUCCGGUUACCGGUCCUCGCCGUAAAAGCACUGGCUCCGUUGGUAAUUCUGCUGCUAACACUAAGGAUAGUACUUCUGUUUCAGGACGUGUUAGAGUUGCAGUAAGACUUCGUCCUCGAAAUGCAGAGGAGAUGGUGUCUGAUGCUGAUUUUGCUGAUUGUGUGGAGUUGCAGCCUGAGCUCAAAAGGCUUAAACUUCGAAGGAAUAACUGGGAUUCAGACACCUAUGAAUUCGAUGAAGUGCUUACAGAAUUUGCUUCACAAAAGCGUGUUUACGAAGUAGUGGCCAAACCUGUGGUUGAGAGUGUUCUGGAUGGUUAUAAUGGAACAGUCAUGGCAUACGGGCAGACUGGGACAGGAAAAACCUACACUCUUGGACGACUCGGUGAAGAGGACACUGCUGAUCGAGGGAUUAUGGUUCGUGCAAUGGAGGAUAUUCUUUCCGAAAUAACACCAGAGAAAGAUUCUAUCUCUGUAUCUUAUUUUCAGCUUUAUAUGGAGAGUAUUCAGGAUCUCCUAGACCCAGUGAACGACAACAUAUCAAUUGUUGAAGAUCCCAAAACUGGAGAUGUUUCAUUACCUGGGGCUACUACAGUGGAUAUCAGAGACCAGAAGAGUUUCCUUGAACUCCUUCGCGUGGGUGAAGCUCAUCGUUUUGCUGCUAACACUAAAUUAAACACAGAAUCUUCACGAAGCCAUGCUAUGCUGAUGGUACAUGUUGAAAGGUCUGUCAAGGGAAGAGAUUCUGUUAUUUCAUCUGAAAACGGGACUACUUCUCACACAGCGAAAGCAUUCAAGCCACCUGUUGUGAGGAAAAGCAAACUAGUUGUUGUGGAUCUUGCUGGUUCAGAGCGCAUCGACAAAUCAGGAAGUGAAGCACAUACGCUGGAGGAAGCUAAGUCCAUUAAUCUCUCCUUGAGUGCAUUAGGAAAAUGUAUCAAUGCGUUAGCAGAGAAUAGUGCUCAUGUUCCAGUUCGUGACUCAAAGCUCACAAGGUUGCUUCGAGAUUCAUUUGGAGGUACAGCAAGAACUUCAUUGGUUAUCACGAUAGGUCCAUCUCCGCGUCAUCGAGGAGAGACGGCAAGCACCAUAAUGUUUGGACAGAGGGCUAUGAAGGUGGAGAAUAUGUUGAAGAUUAAGGAAGAGUUUGACUACAAAAGUUUGUCCAGAAGGCUUGAAAUGCAGCUAGACAAACAAAUUGCAGAACAUGAAAGGCAGCAGAAAGGAUUUAAGGAUGAUAUUGAGAGGAUUGCCCAAGAAGCUCAGGUUCGAAUUACUGAAGCUGAAAAAGGUUAUGCAGAAGCACUGGAGAGGGAAAGGUUGCAGUACCAGAAUGAUUAUAUGGAUGCAAUAAGAAAGCUAGAGGAGCAAUGGGCAGCAAAUAAACAAAAGCAUGAAAAUGAAAAGGCCAAGUCAUCAGUGCUCUCUGCUUCUAUGGAAGUUGCCGAGCUUAAAAAGUUGUUUGAAAAAGAAACUAUUUCAAGGAAAGCUGCAGAAGAGGAAAUUGACAAUCUUAAAAAUCAACUAGCACAAUGGAAAAGGUCAGAGGCUGCUGGAAAUUCUGAGAUUUUAAAGCUGCGGAAAAUGCUAGAAGAUGAAAAAUGUCAGAAAGCAAAGCUUGAAGAAGAAAUUGCAGUACUACAAAGUCAGCUGUUGCAAUUAAGUUUUGAAGCUGAUGAGACUAGGAGGAAUCUUGAUAGAGGAGAGACUGAAAAGCUGCCAGGUACUCUAGAUUCUCCAAUUCCUCCAUUUAUGCAUCAGCACCUAGGAGAUUCAGGAGUUGGAGAGAAGGCCUCAAUGGCAAAACUGUUUGAACAAGUGGGCCUCCAAAAGAUAUUGUCAUUACUUGAAUCAGAAGAUGCCGAUGUGCAGAUUCAUGCUGUGAAAGUUGUAGCGAACCUGGCGGCCGAAGAGGCAAACCAGGAGAGAAUUGUAAAAGCUGGCGGUCUUAAAUCUCUGUUAACUCUUCUUAGAAGCUCCAAUGAUGAGACGAUUCACAGAGUUGCGGCUGGUGCAAUUGCAAAUCUUGCUAUGAACGAGACAAAUCAGGAGCUCAUCAUGUCUCAAGGAGGCAUUAGUUUGUUAUCAGUCACAGCAGCCAAAGCCGAAGAUCCUCAAACCCUUCGCAUGGUUGCCGGGGCCAUUGCUAACCUCUGUGGAAAUGAAAAGUUACAACCAAAGCUACGAGGGGAAGGUGGAGUUAAGGCGCUACAAGGGAUGGUCAGAUCCCGACAUCCUGAUGUUCUGGCUCAAGUUGCUCGUGGAAUUGCCAAUUUUGCAAAAUGUGAAUCAAGAGCAUACACUCAAGGAAGCAAGACAGGAAAGUCUCUCCUUAUUGAAGAUGGAACCCUUCCAUGGAUUGUACAGAAUGCUAAUAAUGAGGCGUCUCCAAUAAGGCGUCAUAUUGAGCUGGCACUAUGCCAUUUAGCACAACAUGAAGUAAAUGCAAAGGAUAUGAUCAAGGGAGGUGCCUUGUGGGAGCUUGUUCGUAUAUCCAGAGAUUGUUCACGAGAUGACAUAAGGACUCUUGCAUAUCGCACUCUAACCUCCAGCCCAAGUUUCCAGGCAGAGUUGAAACGCCUGAGGAUAGAUUAUGGGCGAAGUUCAGAGGCUCCGGAGCUCAAUUGGUCGAUGCCGCCCGUCAAACACGGCCGCGUAUUUGUGGUAGUGUUUGUCCUAGCUCUCCAUUUGGCAAAAGACUUGUAUGCAUUGCUCAAAAAACCGUUUAGUCACUGAAUGCUUUUGGGAAGGGAUGAGCAGGAGAGUGGAGGAGAUAGUGACAUUUGAAUGCAAAAUGAAAUUACAGUAUCUAUCUACGGAUAAAUGUUGCAGCUAAACGAGACUAACCUUAUUUAGCAACAAAUUAUCAAAAAUUUAUGUUAGUUAUGAUCUAGAUUAGCAAUGGAAUUUAUAGCUAAUUUCAAUUUCUUUUGUAGGUGUGAAGUGAGUCAAUUUCUUAGGGUUAAUGACUCAUUUUGACUAAAAAAGGAAGGUGUUGAGUGAAAGUCAAUAUCUUUUGGGUUCGGGACUCAUUUUGACUUUAGAGAAAAGGACAUAACAACUGCAUGAAAGUCAUUGCGUCUUGGCACAUCUAUUUUCUUGUAGUCAAUUGAUUGAGAAACAAUAUCCACAAGCAUUAUGGAGAAGACAAGUUGAUCAACUUGCCUCUUCAACACUUGAAAAAAAAAAGUGAAUGCUAUCUUAUGAUGCAAAUUACCUUUGGACUUUAUUUGCAUCUUGAACAGCUAGCUGGUACAGCUCAUUCAUAAACCUUACUUGAUACAACACAGAACUAUUUUUAUUUUUUUUAACACGUUGACUUUUAAUUGGUAGGGACAUUAUCAAAAUAUUUCAGUAGGUCCAUUAUUCCCUUCUAUUA